UUAAGGGGCCACUGUUAUUCAGGUCGCUUCUUAGAAAGCUUUGUGAAGAAAUGCAAAUUCUCAGAUUGUCAGAACAAAACCGUGAAAGUUUCACUAAGAAAGAAAGGCUUAGCCACAGCUUUUUUCCCUGUAAGACUGAUUAUCAAACUGAGUUCAUGAUGCAGCUUUAUCGAGCUCUGAUUCUGUGUGUGACUCUGUCUGCAGUAUGUGGAUUACGAUGCUACACAUGUACAGCUGCUGAUCCUAAAUCCUGCAUAGACAGCAAAUCUUGUGCCGUCAUCUUCAACCGUUGUUUCUCUCUCAGAGUAGACGGUUAUAACUUGGUUACAAAAGGCUGCCAAACCAGUGCAAUUUGUGGUGGUGCUAUGGCUUGCUGUGAAGGGGACCUGUGUAACAGCACAGCUCCAACUGGUCCCAGUGCUUUGCUGCUGUUGGUAUCUUCAGCCAUCCUCAAAUUUCUUUUCUGAGGCCGUGGAAUGAUGUUGUUUUUCUGUUUUUGUCCUGCUUUCUGCCUUUAUUUUGUACAACUGAAGAAUAAAUACAUUUUGUGUACCAUCAUUUGAAACAAAAUUGUCCUUGACAUUUUGAUCUUAGUCAAAUGAAUUCAGGGUCCUAUUCAAAUACUGUAUUGCUUCAGCGUUAAGUUUUCCUAAAGCAAAUAAAAAUGCAACCAGAAAAUACCUUUGUAUAUUUUUUGAUUGAUAUGUUUUAACUGCAGCUGUUUCAGAUUUCUCUCACUAAGACACAAAAAGGGCAAGGGAGUGAGUAAGAGAGUCAAUACGCCUACACGCGGGGAAGUGAGACAAAAAAGCAGAUGACACGACAGACUCACAUAGGCAAAACAGGGGUGAGACAAACACACAAGAGGAACCUCACAGAGAAUAAACUGCAAAAUUGAAAAGCCAAAAAUAACCUAAACUGAAACUUAAACCAUUAGAAUACAAAAGUCAGAAAAAUACAAUAAGCUCGUACAGAAUGUGCACCAGCUCUCAUUUGGUUGGUUUGCUGUUGUGUUGCUGCAGUUGUUGCAGAUGAAUUCAGUGCAGAAAUAUGAACCAAUGAAGCCAGAGUGAGAAGUGAAAAUGAAGACGGUAUAAUUAGAAAGCAAAAUUCUCCCCUCACCACACUCCCUGCCGGUGGCUGAUGCCCUCAGACGUUGGUGUGUU